AUGGGUAGCACUCAUUCUCGGCCGACAAGACAAUCGCGCUCAACCGGACAAGACGAAAGUGUGCUCUCUGCGCAGAACAAACCCGAGCGAAGCCACAGCGAGCAUUUGCCGCGCAGACCUUCGCUCGUUCACAUUGGUCAACAGACAGUUUCUCGGCCACAAACACCUGCUCCAGCUUCUGAGCAACCCUUCUCUUUGGAUGCUCCUUCGGCAGCACCAAUCAAGCUCAAGCUUCGACCUCCUGUGAAAGAGCCUGAUGUGAUCAACACAUGGGAGAAAAUAUCUGCGCCUGCGCCUGCGACUGACAACGGAUGGAGGAGCUCUUCGCCUGAUGACUAUGGUGAAGGUUCUUCUACCGGCGAAUACUAUCAUGGCGCACCAGCAGCUUUCCGAUUCAGCCCCGAGCGGUCCAAAAAUCGCCAUUCCGGAAUGCCGUUGUUGCCUAAAGCACCCGAUAACGCUGACGUGGUCGAGCGUCGACCCAGAGUGGAGUUCACCCUCAGCCCUUACUCGACCCCCAGUGACGCCGAACAUACCGAAACGUUCGAUCUACAGCCAGACCCCCAACUAGGCCUGUCAGUUAAAUUGAUUGACAUUGAUGCAUCUGCUUCCGACUCGCUUGGCUCGCAUCCAUCUGUGUUUUCAAAUUCACCCCAGUUUUCGCCAACCCAAGAUCUGCAUCACCCGAUACUCUCGCCUACUCCUGAUCUAGAGCGUCCUAGUUUGGUCGUGCGAUUGAAGCUGCCCAAGCAGGUCAACAGUCAAGCAUUGGCCGAGCGUGUGCCGCGUGGCGUGGAGAUUAGCAGUAUCAGCGAACAUACUCGGCGUGCGCAAGCUCAGUUCCGGAGGAUGGCUGCUAUUCGGCAUUUUGUCUUUGGAGAGCCCGCGAAUGAGGAAUAUCUGUCCCAUAUAUCUUCUGCGCAGGACGAACAGAUUCCCACAGAACCGCACCGUCUCCGCAGAAGUUCAUCGGUCACUGUGAUUGCGAACAAGGAGAAUCUCCCUACUCCGACGCGGCGAGCACAUUUCAUUCCACCGCUAUCUGAGGCUUGUUCGGGUGAAGUGAGUGGGCGGAACAGGGACAGUGUCGGAGGAGGUAUAAUUGACGAUACGGUCAAAAUUGAGCACACCGCGGGACCGAUUAGAUUGAAGCGCUCAUCAUCGUAUUGA